CUUAAGUAAUGAAAACUCUUCUUCUAUUUAUUGUUUUCAUCGGAAUAAGGGCAGUAAGAAGGAAGGAUGACGAGCAAUUUCAGGCGAAUCAAGAAAUUUUGCAUAAUGACCCCAGUUUUGAUGAUUUAGAGGAAAUUGUGGAAAAUCCAUUGGGAGCGAAGGUGUUAUAAACAGUGGCUUUGCAAAUAAAAAGCGGAGAGGGUAUCGAUAGUAUUGUUUCUUUAUUGACAAAUUUGAAGAGUGAUCUUGAAGUAGAUUAUGCAUCUAUCAAAAGGGAAAAUAAAUUUAAUAAGAUGGAUCUAAUGCAGCCAUCUAGUCAUAAUGUAAAUCCGAUAUGGACAGUUAUAGUUAGAGGAUAUAAUUAGCAGUAAAUGAAAUUAAUGAUGUUGAAUUCAAAGUGGGAAGAUUAGAAUCAGAUAUUGAAGAUUAUACAAGUGAACUAGACCUCAAACAAUCCUAGAUAGAUGUAAUAAUCCAAAGAUUUAAUUAGACUUUUUAAGGGGCUGAAAAUUCUUUACGAGAUUUAAGAUUGAAAUAAUCAGCGAAUUAUAAUAAACGAUUGGGUUAGCUGAAAGAAAUGAUAAACGCGUUUCAAGUCAUGCUCCCAAAAAUGCAUGAACUAUAUGAUAAAGUUUAAUAGAGUGAUGCAGAAGUAUAAACUAAUCUAAUUAAAACAGUCCUUUGUUUAGGAAGAAGCCUUUGCAAAUUCUUUUGUGCAAUUAGCUAACAGUGGUCCUUCUAAUCCGAUUUUAGCUUUGGUUUAAGUUACCUCUAUGAUGGAUUCAAGGUCAAUUCAAACCAUAAUUGAAAAGAUGGAAGUUGUAAGAGACUCUUUAAUAACUUCAGUCGAUGAAGAGACUGCAUUAGAAGAACAAGCCAUUAGAGUAUUCAUUGUUUAUUGAGCGAUUAGGAUAAUGAUGUUACUCUAAAUGAAAUCUUUAAUGCCAUGUAGGCUUUGACUAGAGAAAAAGCAGCAGAUGAUGAAUCAUUACAGGACACCAUAAGGACUAGAGAUCAAUAAUAAAAAAGAGGAAGUGACGCUUAAGCUGAAUUUGUAGCCUCAAAGGCAGGUAUGAAGUAAAGAAGAGGACAAUGCUAAGAAUUAUUGGUCUAAUAUUAAUAAAAUACUAUUUAAAGAAGUAGGGAAAUCGAGAUCAUCAAAAAAGUAUAAAUAAUUAUUUAGACUAAAUUGAAUGUAGUGAAAUCUUUUAUCCAAGAACAAUAGAUUUCUUGA